AAAGAGGGAAGAGGGCACAGUAUGGGUGAACAAAUUGGGGAUGAAAUUAUGUAUAGUUUCCACCUACCAUAUGCAGCCGCAUGGCGGUCAAGGAGCUGUGGAGUAGCUGAUAGGUGGGCUUGCCCCAGCUUGUUGGCUUGGUAACGAGAUUGUAGACGAAACGCUCCUGAUCCUUAAGGAUGGCCACUCCACCCGGUUGGAUAUUCUGCCUCUGCAGUGUCAGCAGCUGACCAAAUUUAGUGCUGAAGAAAGGCGUGAAAUGGUUAAUUUUGUGUGUCUGCAAAGGAGAAUGUAGGACAUACCGAAACUUGACAGCGAUCCCUUUGCCCAUACGCAAGUCGGCACCCACGCAAUGGCACAUGGAAUAGUCGGCCUUAACGCUGAACAAGUCCCCGUUCACCUCUUUAUAAACAAAACCUGACAUUUCUACCAGUUUAAUCAAUAAUUCCAGACGGCCUGUGGCUCUAUAUACAAAAUUUUUGUUUCAAUUGCGCGCAAAAAUACGUGUUUACGCUUUGCAGCACCAAACAAACGGUACAAACAGCUGGUUGUGAUAUCAUAAUACUGAUAACAAAUGAGUUUUAUUUUCGAAUUAAUUGCCUCUUUGGUGCGCAAAAUGCUGGAGCUGUUGCAAUUCGGGGGCAAGACAUUGACAAACACACUUAGAAUCUAUGUGAAGACAAACACUGGCCGCACGCUGACGGUGAACCUCGACCCGGAAUGGGACAUUAAAAAUGUUAAGGAAUUGGUGGCACCGCAGCUGGGACUGCAGCCGGAUGAGGUGAAAAUCAUAUUUGCCGGCAAGGAGCUAAGUGACGCAACAACACUAAUGCAAUGCGAUCUGGGCCAGCAAAGUAUAUUGCACGCGAUUCGCAUGCGACCCCCCGUACGGCGGGAGAAACUUCCUUCAGCGACUCUGGAGGAGGAAGAGCCGACACUGACACCGACGGAUGAAGCCUCCAAGCCGCUUAACGAAACCCUGCUGGACUUGCAGCUGGAGAGCGACGAGCGACUCAACAUCACAGACGAAGAGCGGGUCCGUGCCAAGGCCCACUUCUUUGUGCACUGCGGGCAGUGCGACAAGUUGUGCAACGGCAAGCUCCGAGUGCGCUGCUCGCUGUGCAAGGGAGGCGCCUUCACAGUACACCGUGAUCCGGAGUGCUGGGACGAUGUGCUCAAGCACAGACGCAUACGCGGCCACUGUGAGAGCCUGGAGAUUGCCUGUGUGGACAAUGCGGCUGGUGACCCGCCAUUUGCCGAGUUCUAUUUCAAAUGCGCCGAGCACAUCUCGGGCGGGGAAAAGGACUUUGCAGCACCGCUCAAUUUAAUUAAGAGCAAUUUCAAAGAUGUGCCCUGCCUGGCCUGCACGGAUGUAAGUGAAACAGUUUUGGUCUUCCCCUGCGCUUCCCAGCACGUCACGUGUAUUGACUGUUUUCGGCAAUAUUGCCGUUCGCGCCUCGGCGAACGACAGUUUAUGCCCCAUCCGGACUUUGGCUACACCCUCCCCUGUCCUGCUGGCUGUGAGCACUCCUUUAUCGAGGAAAUCCAUCACUUCAAGCUGCUGACACGCGAGGAGUACGAUCGGUAUCAGCGCUUCGCCACCGAGGAGUUUGUGCUGCAGGCUGGCGGCGUACUAUGCCCCCAGCCGGGAUGCGGCAUGGGAUUGCUCGUGGAGCCCGACUGCCGCAAGGUGACCUGUCAAAAUGGCUGUGGUUAUGUGUUCUGUCGCAACUGCCUGCAGGGCUAUCAUAUUGGGGAGUGUCUGCCCAACGGGGGCAGUGCCAGUGCCCCCAACUCCUGCGAGUACGCCGUGGACCCUAAUCGCGCGGCCGAGGCUCGCUGGGAGGAGGCCACCAACGUCACCAUCAAAGUCAGUACCAAGCCCUGUCCAAAAUGUCGAACCCCCACUGAGCGCGAUGGCGGCUGCAUGCACAUGGUCUGCACACGCGCCGGCUGUGGCUUCGAGUGGUGCUGGGUCUGUCAGACGGAAUGGACACGCGAAUGCAUGGGGGCCCACUGGUUUGGCUGAAGCCAAGGAUUCACCAAGUGCAUCCUGGAUCUGCUUUUAUUCUGUGUGUUUCGUUUGUUGACUAUUUCUAAAUAAGGACCUACAGUAAAAACUGUUUGCGAGCA